ACCGGCAGCCAGGCCCAUGGUGGUGCCGCUGAGCCGGGAUGAGGGCGCCCGCGCUGCUGCCGCCUGCGCUGCUGACCUGCUGCGGCUGGCUGCUCGCCCCCGUGAACAGCAUUCAUCCAGAAUGCCGAUUUCAUCUGGAAAUACAGGAGGAAGAAACAAGAUGUGCCGAGCUUCUAAGAGCUCCCACAGAAACCUACAAAGCCUGCAGCGGUGUCUGGGACAACAUCACAUGCUGGCGCCCCGCAGAUGUCGGAGAGACCGUCACCGUGCCCUGCCCAAAACUGUUCAGCAAUUUUUACAGCAAACCAGGGAACAUAAGCAAGAAUUGCACCCGUGACGGGUGGUCGGAGAUGUUCCCAGAUUUCAUGGACGCCUGUGGCUACAGCGACCCGGAGGACGAGAGCAAGAUCACGUUUUAUGUCCUCGUAAAGACCAUUUAUACCCUGGGCUACAGUGUCUCUCUGAUUUCCCUGACAACAGGAAGCAUCAUUCUCUGCCUCUUCAGGAGGCUGCACUGCACCCGGAACUACAUCCACCUGAACCUGUUCCUCUCCUUCAUCCUGCGCGCCGUCUCCGUCUUGGUCAAGGACGACGUUCUGUACUCCAGCUCGGGCACGCUGCACUGCCCUGACCAGCCGUCCUCCUGGGUGGGCUGCAAGCUGAGCCUGGUCUUCUUCCAGUACUGCAUCAUGGCCAACUUCUGCUGGCUCCUGGUGGAGGGGCUGUAUCUGCACACCCUCCUGGUGGCCAUCUUCUCCCCCAGCCGGCGCUUCGUGGCCUAUCUCCUGAUUGGAUGGGGGAUCCCCACUGUCUGCACGGGGGCGUGGACGGCAGCCCGGCUCUGGUUAGAAGACACAGGCUGCUGGGAUACCAAUGACCACAGUGUUCCCUGGUGGGUUAUACGCACACCAAUUUUAAUUUCUAUCAUAGUCAAUUUUGUCCUUUUUGUUAGUAUUAUACGGAUUUUACUACAGAAGUUGACAUCCCCAGAUGUGGGCGGGAAUGACCAGUCACAGUACAAGAGGCUCACCAAGUCCACCCUGCUGCUCAUCCCGCUGUUUGGAGUCCACUAUAUGGUGUUUGCCGUGUUUCCCAUCAAAAUCUCCUCCAAAUACCAGAUACUUUUCGAAUUGUGCAUCGGAUCCUUUCAGGGCCUGGUGGUGGCUGUUCUCUACUGCUUUCUGAACAGUGAAGUGCAGAGCGAGCUGAGGAGGAGGUGGCGAGGCCUGUGCCCCAGCCGACCCUCCGGCCGGGACUACAGGCUGCACAGUUCAUCCAUCUCAAGGAACGGCUCGGAGGGCGCCCUGCAGGUCCCCCGCGGCUCCCGCGCCCCAUCCUUCCUGCAGACGGAGACCUCGGUCAUCUAGCGGGGCCCCCCUCGCAGCAGCAGCCUGAGCCCCUUGCCAGGAGUGCCCAGGACAAAUCAGCGCUGACCCCCACCCCCACCCCCGAGCUGGUCUGGGCUCAUCCCAGCCAUGGAA